AUGACUUCGCCCACGCCUCGGAAAACGGUGAGGUUGGGGACUCUACUGAGUGGAAACCGGAAGCCUAAAAUUGAAUUGGCCAGCGACUUGCACUCUGACGUCUCAACAGACGAUUUCUUAGAUAGUAUUGAGACCUCAGGCAUUAUAGACUACGACAAUAACUGGACCACCGGCGAUUCCUCACCUCUUAGAAUUGAACUGAACAACCAGAAAAUUAGUUGCGCCACCGACGAUGUUCAUUUACCACAAAGAGAACCGCCACACCGUACUAGCUUGCCUUUUGUGGGUGAUUGUGAGAUUAUAGCGGAGCCAGGAACACCGAAACUCACGGUCAAACAAAUCCUAUCCGGUAAGAGCCAGCCUGGGUUAGGCAACAAAAAAACACAGCCUUCUUCCAAGACUAGCUGUUCCAAGUCUGAAGAUCUGGAAGUGAUUCAUAUUAGCGACUCCGGCAAAAACAGAGAAACACACGAACGCAUAAUGUCAGGGCUCACUUGCACCAAAAAGACUUCAGUAAAAAAGCUAUUUGACAACUUUCAAAAGCGGAACAGAAAUCAGGAAGAGUAUCAGGAAAUUGAUGAGGUCGAACUUGUAUCGACGACACCUGUGAAGCCUUUACAUGAAGUGUCGUCGCUAGAUUCUAUGGAAACGCCACUACCAGCGUCACAGAAUGUCACUGAUAAUACUGACUACAUUAAUGCUCGCCCGCUGUCACUGAAAAAGAAGAACAAAAGCGCUCCUGAACUGGUACUCAACUUCGACCCUCACGAAUACAAGUCGCUUAAUUUAUCAAACAAGCAGUCCAAAACGGCACUACAAACUCUUGGUUUGGAAGCGUCAGGGAGACGAUGCUCAAACAAAAUAUGGACAGAGGACUUCGAGCCUCACGAUGUCGAGAAUGUUAUAUUGAAUGAUAAUCUCAAGCGUGAUGUACAUAGCUGGUUGGAUAAGGCUUUCAAAAAAUUGCGAAAGAAAACUACCAGGAACAAGCUUCGGAAGAAGAAGGUUGAGGCUGAUGACGAGAUGGACUUUUUUGUGGUCGAUGACGAUCUCGAGGAGGGUGAUGAACAAGAGGAAGAGUUCGUGCCUUUGAUGAUUUUAAGCGGAGAGGCUGUUGGAAAGACCACGCUUCUGAAGUCUCUGAUGAACUCCUACUCUGGUCAGAUCUUUGAAAUCAAUGCAUCAGGGAACCGAGGGAAAAGGGACUUCCUACAGAGUGUACUAGAUUUCUCAACAACACAUUAUGUUAAGGACAAAGGAUCUAAAGGGUUGAUUCUUUUUGAUGAUGUUGAUGUCUUGUUUAGAGAGCGAGACAAGCUGUUUUGGAACGCAGUUGAAAAGCUCCUGAUCAAGGCCAGGAGGCCAGUGGUUUUAAUUUGCAGAGAUAUCAAUUAUAUUCCCCUGAAUAUUCUACAAGUUGCACAAGAAGAAAAUUCGCUAUUCCAAGCCAAGGCAAUCGAUUUUCCAAAAGCUGUAGAUCAAUUGCAGCAAUUUUUAACAUCUCGAGGUCUCUUGUGGCCUCGCGAGUUUCUAGAGCACAUUAUUAAACUCAAUAUGUGCGAUAUAAGGAAGUGCCUUAUGGAGCUCCAAUGGAUGUCUCUAUCUGACCACACGUCAGAGAGAACAGUGGAACCUGUGGUGCCGCCGCAGGAUAUCGCCUCUGCGCUAUUCAGCUCUACUCUCUUAUCAGAACAGGAUGUUAUUUUGAGAGGUAUUCAGUGGAAGUCUAAUUUAGAGCAAGAUCGUGAUUCCACCGUAUAUUUCGCGAGUAAAUCCAAAGAUUUUGUGUCUUUCUCUGACGAGCAAAAACUUGCAUUCGACUAUAUGGUCGACUAUAAACAACAUUUGCAUGACUCUUUGAAGCGCCCGCUCAUGCCAUUUGAAAUGGACGUUACGGAGUACCUUCGCAGCAGGGUUUUCGAUCCCAACGAACAACAAGAAUGCGGUAAUCAUAUUUUUCAGAAAGCUGCCAUGGAAACAAUACACUACCUAAAGAGCAGAGUCUCCGAGACGGCCUCCUUCAACGAAGAUCAUGGAGGAAAUGCUAGAAUGACUAGGAACUCAAGAAAAGUUAAAGAAAUUAUGGAUAGAUUUUCGGAGAACGGCGAUCACGUAAGGUCAUCGUUUAAUGACUACUUUAUGAACCUCACAUCCGUAAUGACCAGAAGCCAAAUAUGCCAAGAUGUCAUACCGCUAGUGUGUGAAGUGGCUAAACAUGAUAAAGCGCGAAAGGCGCAGAACAGACUAAUAUACCAAAAUGCCAUGACAGGGGUGCCUCCCGAAAAUGAAAGGGAGGUGGUAAUAAGGCUUCUCCAAGAGCAUGCCUUUUACCCAAUUUGGUUCAAAGGGGAACCAGACCUGUUGUUGAGCGCUUGGAGCUUUCGUCCUCUGUAA